AUGCACGCCAUAGCUUGGGCUGCAGCGUUUGGUUACGAGCCGUUAGUGAAGCUUCUAAUCAGCAGAGGAGCACAGGUCACGUUCCAGACUGGAAUCUGUUCGCCAUUAGAAAUGGCAGGGAAGCAUGAGCAUGCAUCGGUUUUAAAGAUUAUUCUCGACCAUUCCCCCUACGCUACUGAGCCCAAAUAUACUUACGGACCAUCAGCGCUUGCACUGGCGGCCAUGAACGCUCAUGUCGAAGCCGUCAAGAUCCUCCUUGCGAAGACAACCGAGCCCAUUAACAAUGGCAGCCAGGAAAGGUCACACCCUUUUGGUAGAGCUUUUAAUUCAGCACACAAAGAAAAAUGGCUCGAUCAGCCCCUUGGCUACACGGCAAUUUCCGAGGCUGUAAUAUGCGGUCAUACCAAGACAGUACAACUUUUAUUGUCUGCAGGCGCGGAUAUCCAUGCAACCCCUGGGGCCUUUGGUAAAAUGGGCUGCCUUCACUUGGCAGCGAAGAGUGGGCGUGCUGAUGUUGUCAAAUGCAUUCUUGAAACUGGACAGGUUGAUGUGAACAUAAAGGAUGGACAUGGGUGGACGGCCUAUUCGUGGACCACAGGGACAGAAAGAAGGACUAGAAUGCAGCAAAUCUUGCUGAAUUACGGAGCUGAUCCAUCUUUUCACAAUUCUAUCAAGCAAAUCGCUCGCGCACCGCAUUCCAUCCUCAUCGUAGGAAAUGGAGGCGGCUUUACUUGGCAUGAUGGAGAAAGAUGGCCAAUUUCGUUUCGAUAA